UCGAAGGUCGACGACUCGCCAGCAAAUACGGAGACGACUACUAAGUGAAGACCUGAUUCAGAGCCUGUCGAUUUAGGCCUAAGUAUCAGUGAUCCUUGAUAAGUCAGUGCGCGUCGAGUCUCGAUUGUGCCAAUUGUGACGUACGUAGAAUCAUUACCUCGAGCCGAGAUGGCUGGGCCUUACUUGUCGCCGCUGGGGCCGCAAGCCGAUCUGCUGACCGAGUACAUGUUCGGUCGACGUCGUCAGAGACGGAAUCGAACGACGUUCACGCCGCAGCAGCUUCAAGAGCUCGAGUCGCUGUUCCAAAAGACCCACUAUCCGGACGUGUUCCUGCGCGAGGAAGUGGCCAUGAGGAUCUCGCUGUCGGAGGCCCGCGUGCAGGUCUGGUUCCAAAAUCGCCGCGCCAAGUGGCGCAAGCAGGCGCGACUGCAACUGCUCCAGGACGCCUGGCGGAUGCGCUGCCUCGGCUUGGGUAGCGCGGCGCCUCUGCUGCUCCGACCCCCGCCGCAGCAGCCACCGGGAGGUAUGCAGCAGGACAGCGGCAGACUCGAGGACUGCUCGUCGACGUCACCGCCACCGGUGACUACUCAACCGACUUCAGCAGCAGCAGCAGCAGCAGCAGCCCCAACGACGUCUUCCCCGAGCACGACUACGAGCGGAUCGACAGCCCCGCAGCCCGCUCUCUCGCCCCAUAAUCCGACGAUCGGCAAGGAUUCGCCGAGCAGAGAUUACCGGCUACUGCAGGCACCAGCGGCGCCGCUGCCACCUUCGUCGUCGUCCUCAGCGUCGUCGAUUCAAGGAUUCGCAGCGACGCUCACGGCAUCGCGAGAAAAGUCGCCAUCCGUUCUCAACAACAAGUGCGGCGGCUGCUCGCCGUCCUCGUCGCCGGGUUCCAUGUCGUCGUGCUCGUCGUCCUCGUCGCCCGACGACUCGCGCCACAACGACGACUCUCCGCGUCUGCGACCGCCCCAGGAGGCCGAGAUCGACCUCACGAUGAAGACGACGUCGUCGUCGUCGUCGUCGUCUCAGACGCAGACGGCCCAGCCGAUAUUGCGCCAGCCUAUGAUUCAGCCACCCGGUGGUAUGACUUUGUCGGCUGCUGCUGGCCCACCGCCACCGGGUUCUUCUCAACUUUUCCACCAUUUGGCCGCUCACCAUCAUUUGCAGCAUCACCACCACCACCAUCAUCAACAACAACAACAGCAGCAUCAUCAUCUCUGCAACAACAGUUGCAGGCUCAAGAUCUGA